AUGGAGAACAGUGGAGGCUAUAGCAGCUUUGGUGUGGAGAACAGUGGAGGCUAUGGAAGCUUUGGUAUGGAUAACAGUGGAGGCUAUGGCAGCUUUGGUGUGGAGAACAGUGGAGGGCAUAGAAGCAUUGGUAUAGAGAACAGUGAAGAGUAUGGAAGAUUUUACGGGGAGAACAGUGGAGGCUAUAGCAGCCGUGGCGAGGAGAACAUUGGAGGCUAUAGCAGCUUUGCUGUGGAGAACAUUGGAGGCUAUAGCAGCUUUGGUGUGGAGAACAGUGGAGGCUAUGGCAGCUUUGGUGUGGAGAACAGUGGAGGCUAUGACAGCUUUGGUGUGGAGAACAGUGGAGGACAUAGAAGCAUUGGUAUAGAGAACAGUGAAGAGUAUGGAAGAUUUUACGGGGAGAACAGUGGAGGCUAUACCAGCUUUGGUUUGGAGACCAGUGGAGGCUAUACCGGCUUUGGCGUGGAGACCAGUUAG